CCGAUUUUAAACGCAAUCCUAGGAGAGAAAAAGUUCAGGAAGAAGUAGGAGCAUAACUAGUAAGCUAGGCAAAAUGGUCAGAGGACCGAACGCACGCCAGAACGGUGCUAGUUCCUCCGCUGGGGACGAAGAAGUGACCACUGCCGCUGUUCUACAAGAAAUGUUGAACAGGAUAGAGGCCAUGAAGACCGGGAUGAACACUAUGAAUGUCCGGUUAGAUCUUCCGAGAGCCAAGGGAGAGCUUCAGAAGGUGCAAUCAUCACGUGAACAUCGAACACCACGCCCACCACCACAGCACAUGAGGCAAGAAGACCCCUACGAUGCCCUUAAGAGUUCAAGGCCUAAGAGUACCUACACGUGGCUGCAGCUCAGGGGCUUCAAUGACUGGAGUGAACAGGGUAUGCUUGAGCUUAACGACGACUGGAUCUAUAAGCAAACUGGCAACCAUCCGAAAACUGUCGAUGUACACUACGGCCAGCUCAAGGAAAUGCUCAUCAAGUACGGGGAGCUAGCACAGUUGACAUAUGAUGCCACAACCUUUGACAGUACAAGUCGGUACUGUGGCCAGUGUACUAUGGCACCCAAGGGUCUGUUUAACCUUCUCAGUGCAACUCCGGAGCACGUUCUUGAUGGCCUGAUACAUAUAGGUGACAACUGUGAUGAUGGUGGUGAUGAUGGUGGAGAAGCUGCUUCUUCCGUCAACCGUACAAUCACAGACUCUGAAUCGCAUCCUAGCAACCAGAGUGUUCCGGCUCGCCCGAGGUCAAGUAGCACGUCAAAAUGGAGAUACCGUACGGAAUAUAAAGAUGUUCGGUAUCUGUACGCGACAUCCCGAGCAGAUGGACCUCUUAAGCCUCUACUACUCCUAUGGAACUACCUUUUCCCUCGUCGAGCUCCGCUCUUCAUAGACGCGCCUGGAGACGGUGCCACUCUCGUUGACACCAAUUGGUUCGGUUAUGUGGCCAUCAGUGACCCGAGUCCUGGUUUCGGGCAGCAGGGAAGAGACCUGGUGGUUGCUUGGAGAGGAACACAAGCGGACUUGGAGUGGGCACAGGAUUUCAAAGGAUGGCCGGUUCCCCUACACAAGGACAAAGCAGCCUUUGGACACUCCAAGGAGUCCAAGCAAAGUGCACAGCGCAGGAAAGUCUCUGUUGCGCAGGGGUUUCACCAGCUGUACACAAGCACGUUGAGCGACCUGUCACUGCAUAACCGCGGGAGUGCGAGGUGUCAGCUGCACCGCAACAUAAGGCAGCUUCUGUGCAAGUACAGGGACAUAGACUCCAUCACAGUUGUCGGCCACAGUCUGGGAGGUGCAUUGGCAGUUCUGAGUGCAUAUGACAUUGUAGACUCAGGCCUGAAUGUCGUCGCAGUGAAGUUGGAGCAGGCGAGAGAGGGAGAUGCAUCACCGCUUGAUGACGAACAUCCAGAGACCGAUUUAGGUCUACGGGUUAUACCUGUGACGGUGUUUACUUAUGCGGCACCUAGGGUGGGUAAUCGUGCUUUCAGAGAUGCUUUUCAGGCUCUCGGCAAACGAGGGCUUAAGUGCUUGCGCGUGGUGAACAUCCACGACAUCGUCCCUCGCACUCCUGGUCUGCUUAUCAAUGAAAGAAGAAGCCAAGUGGUCCAAUGGCUUGGUCGCUUUCUUCACGUUCCCUCCUAUUUCCAUGUUGGCAAGGUGAUCGAGGUAGAUAGUUUUAAGCCCCCCUUGCUGACUGUGAGGAAGUACCAGGGGCUGGGUGUGGUCCACAACAUGGAAGUCCUACUUCACACUUUGGAUGGAUGGCGGGGACCCAACGCUCAGUUUCUUAUGACAGGGAUUCGACCUUUUGUGUUGGCCAACAAGGGGGUGGAUGCCCUUGAUCCCGCCCUCAGAGUUAAGGCUGCAUGGAGCACCCCUUCUAAUAACCGCAUUGUCUUUGACUCAAAACAUGGGACCGGGUUUGAGCGUUACUUGGACGGAACGGAUGGCUGCGACCGGUACAAUCCAAUUCGAGAAAAACUGAUAGAUGGGACUUUCAAACCAGCAGUGGGGGUGUAUUCUUACCUUCGGACAAAGAGUUAUGAAUGGAUGGACAGUUUCCGUAGGAGCUUCCGUAGUGUGGUUGGGAACACCCCCAACCGCCCAAACCCUCAUACCGGUAAACAUCCAACUAGUAUGUGUGAUCAUUGCAAGAAAAAUCUAGCCUCAGAGUUUGGACAAAUCCAACUGGCGUCUCCUGACAACUUGAUGACAAACAUACCCGAAAGGACUGUGACAUCCAGGGAGGAGUUCUUUUCGUUUGAGGACAUGGAUAUUGGAUGGUGUGGUUCUCGGCGGAGAAAAAGAGUUGUUGAGCAUCCUCACAAGUGCAUUGUCUGCUUUGAUGGUAAAAGCUAUAUCGACGAUGACAGGACUCCAAAGGAGAGACUGGCCACAGCCAUCGACAUGAAUCACCCACUCACCUGGCAAACGUCAUUGCGGCACCCAUCAUCAUCAUCAUCAUCAUCAUCAUCAUCAUCAUCAUAUGUUGGUUACUCCGGGUCCAGCGGCUUUGUCCGCGGGCAUGCAAGGAGAAAGUUCAGCAGGACGUCACGUGCAAGGUCGCCUGUCAACGUCGAAUUCAUGGCAGAUUUGCAGAGGAGAUUGCCUCUGCUGCUGCUCGUGGUGGUCGUCUUCCUCUUUGCCGUCUUCCUCCACGUGUGCUUGUCGUGUCGGCCGUGGAAGCAGCGUCGAAAGCGCAGGGCGUCGACGAAACGCGCUGUGCUUCAAGAGGAACAUCCCAUGGCGGGCAUGAAGGCACGCGUUAUUCUGCUUGCAGCUGAGGGCGGAAGAAGACCUGCGACGACGGAGCCUUCACGGCGGUACGACCCGUCCAUGUACAACCAUCUGCCGUCGUGGGAGACGCCGCUGCCUCCCUCGGACGAGGAGCCGGAGGGGGAUGAACAUCCAAUGUUUCCUCUCGCCAACAGGUCGACGCAGCUGUUGUCGCAGAUGGUGCUCGUAGGCGGGUCGGCGAGCAACGAACGAGGCGAGUACACGUCACUCCUGCAGCAAGGGUUGGGAGACGACGACGACGGGGGAGUUGAUCUCCGGUUCGGCUUGAGUUUUGGCGGUGCCAGGGAGGCGAGCCGCACGGUCAUCACCGCCGCCCCUGCUUCCGCACGUGGCCUGCAGCAGCCUCGAAGGGAGCAGACGGGACCUCCCACAUUACGUGGCGGUGCGUCCGUCGUUGGCGGUGUCGGGUCUUCGCCAGCAGCCCGACAGCAUGUAUCGGGUGCGCCGUCCGGGGAACGAUUGACGGAUAACUGGGACGUGCCCACUGGUGCAGCAGCAGCGUCCCUGCGCACCAGCGGUGCACGCUCGUCAAUGCUGAACCGAACAACGGCCGCGCCACCCGAAGGGAGGGACGAGGGCGCCUGCAGACCACCGACGGGUUUAGGAGCCAGUGUGGAGAACAUCACUCGAGGCGUGUCGAACAUGCGGGCACACAGCGAUGGCGGCGACGACGAUGGCUGUGGCGGUGACGAUGCCGACGACGGAUUCAGGGAGGAAGUCGAAGGGGGGGACGACGACGACGACAAUGCUGUUCGGCCUGUGGGGAAGACGGGUGGUAGGGGUAUUGGACGCAACAACCGUGGUGGCCUUGGUCGAUCCGUUGGCCGUGGCGGCAGAGGUGGCGUCACCGACGACGGAGGGAAGUCUGCGACGUACUGGUCAACGGACGAGCAGAUGCUCCUCGUCAGAUGCAAGCGGGAGCAGGAGAUGCACCUUGCUGGGCUGGGCCACAAUUACGGCCGGAUGCGGACGAAGGAGUGGAAGUGGGUCGACAUUGCGAAGCGCAUGGCGAACGGUGGGAGCCCUAAAGACGCAGACGAUUGCAUGAAGAAAUGGGACAAUUUGUUCCAAAACUACAAGAAGAUACAAAGGUUUCAGAACGCGAGCGGGCGGCCAGAUUUCUUCAAGUUGUCCAACGACGAAAGGAAGGAGCACAACUUCAAGUUCCGGAUGGAGAGGGUGCUGUACAACGAGAUCCACUCAGACAUGUUGGGGAACCAUACUAUUUUCCCUCCCAACAUCGCCGACACCGGCAGUCCGAACGGGGUGCAACUGCCCAGGAGAGGAGCGGGUGGUGGGGAGUCUGUUGAUAGUGACGGCGGUGGUGACGGCUGCCCUGAAGAAAGAUCUUCUGCAAGGGACUCCGACGUGAACGCUUGCAGUGUUGCCGGAGGCGGGAAGCGUAAGAAUGCGCGCCAACAGGCGCUGGAGUCCAUCACUGAUGUCAUGGACCGCCAUGGCGAACUGAUGUCGUCGACGAUUGAAUCGUCCAGCAAACGGCAAUGCAGCAUUUCAUCGAGGCAGUGCGACAUACAAGAACGGCAGUGCGACAUACUCGCGCAGGAAGUAGCGGUCCAAAAAGCGCACUAUGCGGCGUCCGACGAGGCGCAGAGGAUGAUGUGUCAUGCACUUCUGGAGAUCGCUGCCGCCAUCCGUGGUCGUUUGACGAUAUCCGCGGCCAGCAUGUCGACGAGAGGGACCGUCUGUGGCACGAAGCGCGAUGCCGCAGCCACCGUCGGGCUUGCGCAGGCGAAAGGUCGGCGCCAUAUCCCGAAAUCGAAGAAGGUGCGCUCCGAUGAAGCGUCAAGAAACGUGCCUGCUCGUGGUUUUGAAGGUUGGGCGGCCACAACGGAAAUGGAGUCUGACGACGACUUCGGGAUGGAGGAACCGCAGGCGGAGGCGAUGGCAUCGGCGGUGCGACAAAGCGCUCGCCAGCGAGCUUCUGAUCACAGCGCGCCGAAGAGGAUGCACCCCCCUGCACCCGAGGCGCAGCAGGCACGUGGCCGCGAUGCAAGGAAAGACAAGGCUGCCGUCGUCGUGGCGGAAGGCGAUGAUGACGAGACGUUGCACAAGAUUCUGCAGCCCCGUGCUGCGGGCGGGACCGCCACAGUGAACUCGGCCCCCGUGGCGACGGCGAGAGAGGAGGAAGCAGUUGCGGCGACGGCGAGAGAGGAGGCAGCAGUUGCGGCGACGGCGAGAGAGGACGCACGUGGCGAGAAGACAACCGAUCGGGAAGGCGGCGAUGUUGGUCCGAGCCGGCGACUGCCGUCUCUCGUCAUCCUGCCGAAGUCGAGCACCAGGGUAGCCAGGAUCUCCGACCCAUCGCAGCUGCAGCAAGCGAUCUCCCGUGCGGCGAAAGUGGAGAACGUGGCUUUGCGCGUCCUGCACGGCUGGGUUUUCAAGUCCGGCAACCGCGCAAAGGGGUACAACCUGGCUUACCAGUACGCACUGGAGUCCGUAGCGACGGACAUCGCGCGUGCUAUGUGGUACGCCGAGGACUGGUCCAACGUCGUCAGCGCGCCCAUCUGCGGCCACACAAUAGAUCUCAACAUGGACUUGCCACUGUGGUUCGUCGGCGCCCAUAUCGACGACAGACCCGACGACGACGACAUGGCGGCGUACCAGGAGUCGACCAUCAUCUGCAUCGCCCAAGCAUUCCGCGCGGCGGUGCAGAUGGGAGCGCACAUUGACGGCGAUUUCAUCUCCUACGACCGUCUUUGUCGGGUGGCUGACUGCUUCAGACUUCUGUUGGCGGCGACAAUGUGGAUAAUGCGCAUGGCGGGAGACGACUUCCGCAACCACUACGAGGCGUUCUACUCCGUCAACUUGCUGGCCAGGCCUACACUGGUCGCAUCCAUGCAUCGCUCCUUCGACCAUAGACGAUCCGUCGUCUGGGCCGCGAAAGCCGUCACCGAGAGGCUUGGGAAGCCGAACCCCACGUUUGGCGAGCACCCCAACUACAUCCCUCAAUGGGCACCCUCCGACAUUACUUUCGGCCACGACACCAGCGUAACGGGUCCGGAGGAUUGCAAGAGGCUUGAUUGGUUGGGUUCGGGCCCCCCCGAUGACGACGGCGACGACGACAAGAAAGAAGGCGCGUAGGGGGUGGGGCGGCGGUUGUUAUAGUCCUCGAACAUGUCCACGUGGCACAUCGACGUGAGGGGCUUCACCGCG